UUUAACAAGGUCAAACAGUACAUAAGACGUCAAUACAAAUAUGAUAGCUCAGUUCCACAUUGGCAACCACGCCUAUUCCCAGAAACACGCAUCAUGAACUUGUUCAGAAAGAAAACAAUUAUCAGAAUACAAUUUUUCAUAUCGAAAUACAAAAUUAUAUUUUCAUCUGUUAGCACAUUGGCUUUAUUGCUCAUCCUGGUACAUCCGAGAUUGAGGCUUUUACAAGACAAUCCGACACAGCCUUGGCAAACCAAAUACGCCAAUGGAACACCAGAAUUGGCUGAACCACUGGCUUAUCAAUGUUGUACUCCAUCAAGUAAUCCAUUCCGUACAAACUUAUACUUUGUAAAAAAUCACAAAACAGGCAGCUCGACUGUUCAAAGUGUAAUACUACGAUUCGCGAUGCUGAAUUCAUUGGACGUUCUCAGCCUAAAUUACGCAUCCUACUACUGGCCACUGUCGGAUCAGUCAAUACAUCGCGAAACCAUAACACCAAAUAACAAAUACCACAUCUUAGCCCAACACACGCGAUAUGACCCAAAACUGAAAUUGUACCAGUACCCAAACACAUCGAUGGUGACCUUACUGAGACAUCCAGCCACGUUAUUCCAAUCAGUGUACAAUUUUUUCAACAUGGAUCAAGAGAUGGGUAUGAGUUUUGAAACUUUUAUAAAAGCUCCAUCGAAGCCAGCAUUGACAAAAGGUGUAGGCGGUUUCGUAGCAUACCGAGGAUAUAAUCAAAUGAGUGUAGAUUUAGGAUUUGAUUUAAAGCAGAGUAAUAAUCAGACCGCUAUAGACAAAUUUAUUGAAAAAAUAGAUCGAGAUUUUGAUCUAGUUAUGAUCACAGAGCAGAUGGAAGCUUCGUUCGUUCUAUUGGCUAGUUUAAUGGGAUGGCCUCUGGAAUACGUCACUUAUUUGAGCUUGAACGUCAGACCUCCGGAAUCAGACCCUUAUAAAUUGACGAAGGAGGAUAUUGAUACUUUGAUGGAGCUUAAUCAAGUCGAUACUCAAUUAUAUUAUCAUUUUCUGAAGAAAUUUAUGAAAUGUAAGCAACAGUACGGAGAAGCUGAGCUCGAUGAGCAAAUCAAUCAACUGAGACUUAUCAAUCAACAAUUAAAAGACAAGUGUGUGAAGGAAGAAGUCACACGAGGCUUACAUUAUGGUCGAAUGACAUCAGUCGAGUAUAUACCAAAGAAUGAAUCUGACUUGGAGUGCGUUUAUUCGACCCAACUCAAUCCAACGUUAUCGAAAACUGCUCGAAUGGUACAAGCUGAAAGACUACGAACCUUCAGGAAGAAGAAAUGAAUUGUGAUACAGCAUCUCGAGGCAAAAGUUCAAAUAUUUUUUGUAGCCAAUCAUGUUCAAAAUUCAGCCAAGUUAUCAUCUCAAUCUGUUUGUCUUUUUUUUGUUUUUUUUUACAAGUUUAUAAUUUGAAAAAUAUACGUUUAAAUUGUUUCAAAAUUCAA